CUGCACCUAUAUAUACCCCUUCAGCUCCACUUCGUACUCUGCACCAAAAAAAGAAACACACACACGAACGAACACUAAAAGCUCAGUGUUGGCAGUAGAGAUAAAAAAGAAUGGAAUUCUUUACCACUUUGUACUUGUUGUUGCUGUCUUCAUCAGCAGCAGCUUUAGUUUUGUCGUUCUUCUUCCAAAAAUUCUUCAUGUCUUUGAGAGAAGCUAAGUUGCCACUGCCACCGGGGUCGAUGGGCUGGCCUUAUAUUGGUGAAACCUUUCAGUUGUACUCUCAGAAUCCCAACACUUUCUUUGCUGCCAAAGUCAAGAAGUAUGGUUCGAUAUUCAAGAGUCAUGUAUUGGGAUGCCGAUGUGUAAUGAUUUCGAGCCCAGAGGCAGCCAAGGUUGUCCUGGUGUCGAAAGCACAUCUCUUCAAGCCCACAUUUCCUGCAAGCAAAGAGAGGAUGUUGGGGAAACAAGCAAUAUUCUUCCACCAAGGUGAAUACCAUGCCAAGCUUAGAAAACUGGUCCUCAGAGCAUUCAUGCCUGAAGCUAUCAAGAGCUUCAUGGCAGACAUUGAAUCCAUAGCCGUCACCUCGCUCCAAUCCUGGGAAGAAAAAGACUUCAUUACUACCUUCCAAGAAAUGAAAACAUAUGCUUUUAAUGUGGCAUUGCUCUCCAUAUUCGGCAAAGAUGAAUUCCUGUACAGAGAAGACCUCAAGAGGUGUUACUACAUUCUUGAAAAGGGAUACAAUUCAAUGCCAAUCAAUCUCCCUGGAACACUUUUUCACAAAGCAAUGAAGGCCAGGAAGGAGCUCGCACAAAUCUUGGCUAAAAUCCUAUCCCUCAGAAGACAAAGACAAAGGGAUCAAGCUCACAGUGAUCUUCUUGGAUCAUUCAUGGAAGACUCUGAAGAUCUCACUGACGAGCAAAUUGCAGACAACAUUAUUGGUGUAAUCUUUGCUGCCCGUGACACUACAGCUAGUAUCCUUACCUGGAUCCUCAAGUACCUUGCAGAGAAUCCAACUGUUCUCCACUCAGUCACUGAAGAACAAGAGGCAAUAAUGAAGCGUAAAGAAGAGAAAGGUUUGAGUUGGGCAGAUACUAAAACGAUGCCAAUUACAAGUAGGGUUAUCCAAGAAACACUAAGAGUUGCUUCUAUCUUAUCUUUCACUUUCAGAGAGGCUGUUGAAGAUGUUGAGUUUAACGGGUAUCUGAUCCCAAAAGGAUGGAAGGUAUUACCACUCUUCAGAAAUAUCCACCACAGCCCAGAAAACUUCCCAGAGCCUGAGAAGUUUGAUCCUUCAAGAUUCGAGUUUACUCCUAAGCCCAACACAUUCAUGCCAUUUGGAAAUGGGACCCAUUCAUGUCCUGGGAAUGAGUUAGCGAAGCUUGAGAUCUUGAUUCUCUUACAUCAUUUGACUACAAAGUACAGGUGGUCCACGAUGACCCCACAAAAUGGAAUCCAGUAUGGACCCUUUCCCCUUCCCCAAAAUGGCUUGCCUAUUAAACUCUCCCCCAAGGCCAAAGCCGAAGCCAAGGCAUAAAAAAGCCCAAAUGUACAGGACAAAGACUCCAACUAUUGUAUGUAUGUAUAGGAGAAGUUAGUUGUG